GGUUGUGUCCGGACAGAUGGACUCAAUUCCAUGGUGCCUGUUAUUUUCUUUAUCGUGAUCACGAGGAAUGGGCGCAGGCUAACUACAUAUGUGGAUUUGACUGGGCGGGAUUGGUUUCUAUUGACUCGUCUGAAGAAAAUGAAUUUAUCAAGAGCAUGAUGAAAGCAAGCCAAAGCCAACAGGUUUGGAUUGGUGCUUAUGACACGGUGACAGAAGGGGACUUCCGCUGGGUAGGAAGUAAAGAGAAGCUGAACUUUACAGAUUGGAGUGCCGGAGAACCCAACAGUCAAACUGACGACGAAAACUGUGUGGAGAUGUCAGUCAUUCUGAACUAUCAGUGGAACGACGACACUUGUACUGUAAAGAAACAGUUCAUAUGUGAGGGGAGUCCCGGUGAAAAUGUGAUUGGUUGAGCUUGCUGUACACACCAAGGAAAACACUUUCAUACAAUAAACGAUUCCGAGCCAAA